AUGGAAGAAGAAGAGGAAGUAGAAGUAAGGGGGAAACAAAGAAGAAUGUAUGAUUUACAUAAGAUUAAUGAAAUCCCUACUAUUAAAUCAGAAUUAAAUAUACCAUUAGAUUUACGUCUUUAUAAUAAAUUAAAUAAAACAAAAAAAUUUAAAAUAAAACAUGAAAAAUUUAAAAAAUUUUAUAAAUCUAAAUCAUAUUUAUCUAAACAAAAAUUGAAAAAUAAUCAUCCCCAACAAUACUAUUACCAACCUCAGCAACAACACCGUCACCACUACCUCCAGCAACAACAACACCAUCAGCGCUCCCAACAACAACAACAACAAGAAGACCACCACCCUCAGCAACAAGACCACCAACCCAAACAACAACACUUAUUUUAUUCAUCUAUUGAUUCAAAUAUAUUAAUUUGUUCAAUAUGUCAUAUGGAAACAAUGAAUUUUAAUAUAUUUGUACAACAUAUGUCAUUACAUUUAAAUCAAUCUAAUUUAUCUAAUCAAUUAUUAAAUGAAUUUAUUACAAUAAUAAAUCAAAAAAUAUUUAAUAAUAAUAAAAAUAAUCAAUUAUUAUGUAAUAUAUGUAAUCAUCUAUUGAAUAUAGAUCAAUUUACAGAAUUAAUGAAUCAUUUACAAAAUCAACAUAUUGUAGCUAAUUAUCAUUGUAAUGGAUGUGAAGAAAUUUUUUCUGAUCAAAUUCAAUGUCUUGUACAUAUUCUAUAUCAUCAUAUUAUAACAACAAAAUCAGUAAUUCCGGAUAAUGAUACUACUAAUAACUUAAACAGUAGUAGUAUUAGUAGUACUAGUAGUACUAUUACUACUAUUACUAAUCAUGAUAAUGAUACAACCAAAUUAGAUUCAUACAAUGAAAAUAAUAAUACCUCAUAUAAAUACCAACACUCAAAUAGUUCACCAUACACAAACAUUCAAUUACCUCAUAUUAGUACUAAGAACACAACAGUAAUGAAAGAACCAGAUUCUGAUCUAAUAAAAUACACUAAAAAUAACCCAUCGCUACAUGAAUAUCCAGAUCAUUCCAACUUACUUAAUCAAAGUGAUUGUAAUCUAAUGAAUUCAAAUGGACAAGAAGGUACUAAAUUGAACCAAAUCUCUAAUCAUCAACUACUUAUAAAUGAAAGCAGUAGUAUAAAUAAAUUCGAUCAAAAUUAUCCAUAUCAAUUACAAUCUAUAAUUCAUUUUCUUAGUAUGUUACUAUGGCCUAAUUUAUGGUCUAUUCAUUGGAAACAAUUAGAUAUACAAGGAAUAGUGAAUAAAUAUUUGAAUUGUAUUAAUGAAGAUAUGAAUAUGAUAUCAAACACUAAAGAAUCUGUGGUACCAUUCGAUAUACCUUCAACAGUAUCGUCGUUAUCAUCUAUUCCCACCUUGUCAUCAUUACAUUAUCAAGAAACUGGUGAAAUAUCAGAACUAACACAUAAAAUAGUCGAUAUGGUAUCAUCAAACAGAAUUGAAAGUAAAGAGUUCACCUUAGUAAAUAAUGAAAAUCGAACUGAAUUUCAACAAACAUCAAAUUGUGUACUUUUAUUAAAUUCACAUCCUGUUCUUGGACUUUUACCACAUGAAAUGGCAUCAAAUAUGGAUAGUUAUAAAGCAUCAAAAAUAUGUCAUCUUUGUUUAAAAGAAUUUACCGAUGAAAUGACAGUACUUCAUCAUCAAGUUGAAGAACAUAGUCUUGAAGAUAAUUCAAAUGUAUCAACUUCUAUAAAUGAACAAAAUUCAUUAUUGAUUAAUUGA